CACUACUUUUUUUCUUGACGACCUAGUCAAGAGAUAUAUUUGAAAGUUAAACGAGCGAAUUGAACGAACCAAGCUCAGUAUCAGUCCGUGUUUCGUUUCAAUAACACUAAGGAUCUGUUUUUUCCUGUUUUCUAGUCGUCUGGAACCCCGACACAAUGAGUAACCAACAGUAUUUCCCAUUCAAGUGUACACCAACUGUAUUCCCGGCGGAUCCUUUCGAUCCUGUCGCCGAUGCCGCCACCCUCCGCAAAGCCAUGAAGGGCUUCGGUACCGAUGAAAAGGCAAUCAUCGACGUCUUGGCUCGCCGCGGAAUCGUGCAGCGUCUUGAGAUCGCCGAGACCUUCAAGACUUCCUACGGCAAGGAUCUGAUCUCUGAGUUGAAGAGCGAACUCGGAGGCAAAUUCGAGGAUGUCAUCGUCGCUUUGAUGACCCCUCUUCCUCAAUUCUACGCCAAGGAAUUGCACGACGCCGUUGCUGGAUUGGGUACCGACGAGGAGGCCAUCAUCGAGAUCCUCUGCACUCUCUCCAACUACGGCAUCAACACCAUUGCCCAAUUCUACGAGCAAACUUACGGAAAAUCUUUGGAAAGCGAUUUGAAAGGAGACACUUCCGGUCAUUUCAAGCGUCUUUGCGUUUCGCUCUGCCAAGGCAACAGGGAUGAGAAUCAAGGUGUCAACGAAGCCCAAGCCACCGCCGAUGCGGAAGAACUGAUCGCCGCUGGAGAAGAUAAAUGGGGUACCGAUGAAAGCGCCUUCAACGCCAUUCUGAUCUCACGGUCCUACCAACAGUUGAGACAGACCUUCGCCGAGUACGAGCGUCUUACCGACAAGGACAUCGAGGAAUCCAUCAAGAAAGAGUUCUCAGGAUCCGUCGAGAAGGGACUCUUGGGAAUCGUGAAAUGCGUGAAGAGCAAAGUAGGUUACUUCGCUGAGAGAUUGCACGACGCCAUGGCUGGGUUGGGCACCAAGGAUAAAACUUUAAUUAGGAUCGUCGUUUCCCGUUCUGAAAUCGAUUUGGCUGACAUCAAACAGGCGUUCCUCGACAAGUACGGAAAAACUUUGGAGAGCUGGAUCCAAGGGGACACAUCGGGAGACUACAAGCGAGUGUUGUUGGCCCUAGUUGACUAAAAACAAUCACUUCUCUCAUUUGUACCUGUUCAAUAUAAAAAAAGAAAUAAAUCUAUAUAUGAAUCUUA